UAUAUAAGCUGUGGGAGCAAGUAUUGCCUUUUGUUCCUCAGCCCCUUGCCUUGCUGCUUUCCAAGCGCCAUUCAUCCCAGCUCUUUCACAAGUAAACCAACAUCAUGCCCCCCAAAAAGCCAGAACCCAAGAAAGAGGCUGCCAAGCCUGCUCCGGCUCCUGCUGCGGCUCCAGCUCCUGCACCAGAAGCCCCCAAAGAACCUGCCUUCGAUCCCAAGAGUGUGAAAAUUGAAUUCAAUGCUGACCAGAUUGAAGAGUUCAAGGAGGCCUUCAUGCUAUUUGACAGGACCCCAAGUGGAGAGAUGAAGAUCACAUACAGCCAGUGUGGAGAUGUCAUGCGAGCCCUGGGACAGAACCCAACCAACGCAGAGGUCUUAAAGGUGCUGGGGAAACCAAAGCCAGAAGAAAUGAAUAUGAAAAUGCUGGACUUUGAGACCUUCCUCCCAAUGCUGCAGCACAUUGCCCGCACCAAGGACCAGGGGACUUAUGAGGACUUUGUGGAAGGGCUGCGGGUCUUCGACAAGGAAGGGAAUGGCACUGUCAUGGGGGCUGAACUGCGCCACGUACUUGCUACUCUAGGGGAGAAGAUGACAGAAAGUGAAGUAGAACAGCUAAUGGCAGGACAGGAAGAUGCAAAUGGCUGCAUCAACUAUGAAGCUUUUGUCAAGCAUAUCAUGGCUGGCUGAAGAUGGAAUCCUUAAAGUUCAUGGGAGGAGGACAAAAUUCCAUCUAGCAAGAAUUUCUUAUUUCAUAUCCCUUCCACCCCUAUAAUGCCCAGGAGAUGCAUUUGCCACAAGCCAUGUAAGAAGGACUCUCAAUUUCCACAGUGUAACAGCCUCUGUGCAUACUCCUGCAUCAGUUUUAAAUCUUAAAUUUUUUUUGAUUGUUUUAUUUCUUCUUUACUUCUGCUACAUUUGGUCCAUUCAAAUUAAAACAAAUGUGCACACACA